CCUGCUUCGGAUCCCGUUUCAUUGUGCCUGACAAAGCGAGCGAAUGAACUGGGAGCGGUUUAUACUGUUUUCUUUUUCUUUUUUUAAAUAAUAAAGCAGAUAUUAAGCUUAAACUCAGAGACGACCCGGUUUAAAUGGUUUAAAGCCUGAAAUGCCGCCUGGACUGAAAAACAAGGAAUGAACCAAGUCAGAGCUAGCUGAGGUGAAGUCUGGUGUUUAUCCAGCCCUUAAUGCCAGACUGGGCUCGCGCUGCGUGCCGUGAUUAAAGAAGCUUCCCCGCUGUUACACACACACACACACACACACUCCUUUCUGGGAUCACCAUGCUGGCCCUGCUGUUGAUUGCGCUGCUGGCCGUAGACUCUAUGGCUCUGGAAGUGGACGUCCCUGAUUUCCCCGUGGUGGUGCUUUACGGGACAGACACCGUCCUCAACUGCACGUUUUCCGGAGCCAAGACGUUUAACCUGUCUGAUCUGAGCGUGUUCUGGCAGCUGGCUGACACCCAGAGAAGCGUGCACGCUUACUUUGACAGGCAGGACCGCUUCGUUGAUCAGGACGAGCGGUUUGCUAACAGGACCAGCCUGUUUCCCGCGGAGUUAGCGUCCGGUAAUGCAUCGCUGCUCCUGCGGAGAGUCCGAGUGGCAGACGAGGGCAGCUACACGUGCUUCGUUAAAGUGGACGCGUACAGCAAGGAUUCCAUGUUCAUGCAGGUGGCAGCUCCCUACUCCAAACCCCUGGUGACCUGGGAAGCUGAGACCAACCCCAAGCCCGGUGAUGUCGUAGCCUUGACCUGCGUGGCGUAUGGUGGAUACCCCGAAGCUGAGGUGCUCUGGCAGGACGGGAGCGGGCAAAACCUGACAGAAAACGUCACCGUCUCACCUGUAGCCAACGAGCAGGGUCUUUUCACCAUCAGGAGCAUCUUGACGGUGACCCUCGAACCGAACAGCACCUACAGCUGCAGACUGACCAAUCCGCUCCUCGGGGACGAGGGCCAUGCCUCUGUCACCAUCACGGCCCAGGCCCCGGUCUUUCCUCAAGUGGCUCUGUGGGUAACGAUUGGGCUGGCGGUCUGUUUGUUUGGUCUCCUCAUCGCCUUGGCUGUCGUCUGCCACAGGAAAAUCAAAGAGAGCUGUGAAGAGUUGAGAGCAGAAGAAGAAGCCAAAGAACUCGAGGAAGCCAAAGAACUUGAAGAAUCCAAGACAGCUGCAACACCUCUAAAGAGCUAAAGGCAAAGAGCUCAGGGUGAAACUCCACAUGAAGCAUGAAGUCUCACGUUAACCUUCAGUGCAACAUGGCGCUCAACAAGAGGCACAUUCGAUUAUCACACACACACACACACACACACACACACUCACAAGAACACACUUUCUGUUUAUCUGUGCAAAUGCUAUUGCUUAAAAUACAAAGUAGCAACUAAGAAUGAAAAAAAAAAUAUAUACAUUUUGCACCUUGACAAUGAAAGCGAAUGCUGCCUUGUGCCCAGUUAGAUUAAUGUUAAAUAUCAACCACGGCAUCACAAGCUGAUUUCUUUCUGCCUUCCUUUCUGUUAAAGGUUUAAAAUCUUGUUUUAUAAUCCGACUGUUUUUCGGUGUGUUUUUUUUUAGACAGCAUAAAUAGAAUUAACCUCAGACACCAUAGUAGCCUAGCCUAAUUUCUUUACAGCAUCAUUUGCUUCCUGUGUUCAUUUCAAUGACUUUAUAAUCACCGAGCAAGGUUUGGAUUGGACUAAACAGAAAAUCAGCUCGAAGCCCACUGACUGCCACUGUUUUCAGUUCCACCACCGACACCAGCUCCCUCACCUCCAUAUCCAGAGCCUUGCCUCAUCUUCCACCUUACACCUAAUGGAAAGUGAAGAGCUUAAGAGAAGAACCAGCAACGAAGCUGUCACCGGUGUGUCCGGUAUAGACAGUCUCUUUUACUUUCCCUCGUCAUCUUCACCAGCGCACCAGCCCAGACUAAUUAAGCCCUGCCCAUGAAUCAACAUAUACCUGUCACGAUGCAGCUCUUUCUGCAAACUCAAUGACUUUGGGGAGAAAUAUGUUUGAAUUCAAGCAAAGUCUGUACAAAUUGCAAGUGGUUCAUAGAACACACCCAGGUUUCUCUUUGUCCUGCCAGUAUUAUUAUGAGAAAAGGUUUUACUAAUUACACAGUCAAGCGAUAUACUGUGUGGGGAAUCUGUUAUAAAUCUUGAAUGCUGGGAUUUUUUGGGGUCUUGAUAUUUGGAGCAUGUUCAGUGCCAAAAAAAGAUGUUUUCCACAAAUGAGUUAAUUGUGUCAGUCAGUUAUUAUGAACAUGCUUGAAAUAAUAAAAUGAUGUCAUUAAA